AGAGGUGCUAGUGUUGCUGGUGGCCUACCCACACCUCCAGAUGUGCUCCAGUUUUGGUCUCGUGAUUACGUCAACGUCAACUUUCCCAGAAGAGACUCGCAUGGGCGCCUCAAAGGUCUGAGGUUUCCUUCACACCCUAGACGAACUUAAUUCGGAGAUCAGCUAGCUGCAGGGUCAGCGACCUGCACGAUGUUCUCGGCCCUGAAGAGACUGACCACGAGCGGUGGCGCCAAAGGCGAGGUGCCGGUCACGGCAGGGGUGACCCCGAUGGCCUCCUCGCUGCAGAAGAAAUUCUCCAAAGGCGUCCAGUAUAACAUGAAAAUCGUGAUAAGAGGGGACAGGGGUGUGGGCAAAACUUGUCUGUGGCUUCGACUGCAAGGAAAAGCUUUUAAAGAGGAUUACGAGGCGAGCGAAGAAAUCGCCGUCGCCGACAUUCAGUGGAGCUACAAAGCCACCGACGACGUGGUCAAGGUGGAAGUGUGGGACGUGGUGGACAAGGGCAAGAAGCGGCCGCCGCCCGAGGGGCUGAAGCUGUCGUGCGAGGACAGCGCGGCGGCGCCCGAGGUGGCCCUGGACGCCGAGUUCGUGGACGUGUACAAGGGGACGAACGGGGUCAUCUUCGUGCUGGACAUGACCAAGGGCUGGACCUUUGACUACAUCGAGCGGGAACUGCCCAAGGUGCCCGCCCACAUCCCGGUGCUCAUCCUCAACAACAGGUGCGACAUGCAGCACCACCGCAGCGUGUCCUCGGAGGUGGUGGCGGGUUUCGCGGAGGCGCAGCAGCGGCCGGCGCCCGUGAGGUGCGCCGAGGCCUCGAUGCGCAACGGCUUCGGCCUGCGCUACCUCCACAAGUUCCUCAACAUCCCCUUCCUGCAGCUGCAGAAGGAGAGUCUGCUGCAGCAGCUCAGCACCAACGACCGCGAGACGCAACUCACCCUGCACGAACUCGACUUGUACCAGGAAACCAGCGUCGACAACAGCUACGACAGGUUCAGCGAAAAAUUGAAUGAGCAGCGGCGGCAGAAAGCGGAGGCGACGGGCGUCGUCGGCCUGAUUCCGCAGCCGCAAAACACGCAACCCAUCCCGGAGGCUGUGAUGCCGCCCCUGAAGAAACCUCCCUCGCUCGCCCCCCUCCCCAAGGUUGAGAGUGGAGGGGCGGUGCCGAGCGUGGAGGAAUUUGUGCCGGACGGCGCCGUCCUCGACCAGGGCUUCCUCGACGAACUCGACUCGAAUCCGAACACAGCCGCUGCAAAGCCCCCCGACGACUCCGACAGUGAGGCCGAGGUGGGGGGUGGCAACCCCCUGGUGGCCGGAUUCCAGGACGACGUUGAGGAGGAGAGUUUCGGCAACGGCCCUGACAGCAGCACGGAAGAAUUGCCUGCGGACGCGCAGACGGUCAGUGAACUCAAGCUGGACAUGAAGGAGGACUGGUUGAUUCCGGGCAAAAACAGGAGGGGCAGUCCGGAGGGGCGGGAAGAGGCGGACGAACCGCCCGAAAUCGUCCCGGCCAAAAUGGAAAAGACCAAGAAAAGCAAAGACAAGAAGGAAAAGGGCGAGAAGAAGAAGAGCAAAGAGAAAAAGAAGAAAAGGAAGGAGCGCGACGAGUUGGAAGAGUUUUUGAACGGCACCGCCGGUCCCAGUCCGAACGAAGAGUCGUACGAAGCGCUGUGACCGAAAUUAAUCACGAUCUCACGAAAAACAAAACGUUUUAUUAUAUAAAAUAAACAAAGGACUCUAUUAAUUGUUAAUCAUA